AAAAAGAAAAAAAACAGAGAAAACGACGACGAGCCAGAUGCAGAGGUGGCAGUGGUAUUGAGAUUCUGAGAGGACGAAGAAGGUGUUGUUGGUAAGGAUCGAGCAAGGAGACCAUCAGAGAUGGGAGAGGUGGUUGAAACCCUAGAGGGCCAUAGAAGGUCGGUGGCAGCUCCUCUCGUCUUCAUACUCGUCGUCGUUUUCCAAUUUGUCUCCAGGUGGCUACAACAGUUGAAGAAGAGGGGAGUGAAGACUGCUACGGCAAACCGGUUGCGUGGAGAAAUUAAGGACCUUUUGAAGGAGGCAAGCUCAUUGUCACAGCCUUCAACAUUUGCACAAGCUGCAAAGCUAAGGAGGAUGGCAGCUGCUAAAGAGAAAGAACUUGCAAAUUAUCAAGAAUUGCAUGGCAAGGAGAGAAAACUUUCAUAUGAGUUGUAUCUGAAAGUUUUGUUCAUCUCGAAGGUCUUAACAUAUCUUGUGCUGAUUUGGUGGUUUUGGAGGGUUCCUGUUGCCUCCAUAUCACAACAACUUGUGCAACCCUUUGGGAAAGUGCUAUCAUGGAGGGCUGGAGGAAUUUUAAAUGAAAAUGUUAUGGUAGGAAUUAUACCGUGGUUGAUAUUAUCUACUAGGGUUAGCAAAUUUGUUUGUCGACUGUUCAAGUUCAAAGAAUUGAAGUGAUCGUCCUGUGAAGUGGUUACGAGGAGAAAAGUAAUUAGGUCUGGUUUGCUUUACUUCGUAACAAUAUCUAAACAAGAGCUUAGGAAUUUGGAAUUUUCCUUGGUCAAGGAAUUUGUAUUGAUUUGCUGUACUUUUUUGGUCUAUGUAAAUUUAGUUUAGUGUUUGUGAACUCUAUAAUAUGUAGAAAACGGAACUCUUGUAAAACUUAUUCUUUAAUUUUAUUUACUGAAAGAAAGAUCUAGUCAGA